CGGUUGCUUGACACUCGACGGUUUUUGGAAAGCCAUAGAUGGGUUGCUGUAAUUUGUGGGAGUAGAUUCCGGAAAUUUCUAUGCAUAUAAUUUCCUUUUCUUGGUGGGUUUUCACUCAUUUAUUAUCCCUGGAUCGUCCUUAGACGGGGACUCUGGUUGUGGCGUUUACAGAUUUUUAUCAGUGAAAGAGUCUCUGGGUCUUGACCAGAAGUACCAUUUGAAGAGUGUGGGUCAGUGAAUUUCUGUCGCUGCUGACAGGUGGUUGGGUAUCCCGUUUAAGAAAACAGUUCAGGUUCUUGUGUUUCAUAUCAAAGCAAACGGACACUUCUUUCGGGCCAAAGUUCAUUGCUUUUUGUGUCUAAGCUUCACUCUACUUUCCUGGACUAUCAAGAGUAUCUCCUGAUAGAGUAAAUGGCUUGCUUGUUGAUUUUGAUGGUUUUGGUGAGGGAUAUAAGAUUUAAUAUAAGACUAUUUACUGAAACAAAAAGUGUAGUAGAUCCGCUAUCGUUUGAUCAGUGCCCUGAGUUCUUCUUUACUUGCAGGGCAUUUGAAGAAACCUAGUUUGAUUCUCUGGUGAAAAGAUGAAGGUGGCUGCACUGGUGGCUAUUGCUGCUACGAUUGGUAACUUUCUGCAAGGAUGGGAUAAUGCUACAAUUGCUGGGGGUAUUGUUUACAUCAAGAAGGACCUCGCUUUGGAAACUAGUGUAGAAGGUCUUGUAGUGGCUAUGUCACUCAUUGGAGCCACAGCCAUUACGACAUGCUCAGGGGCCAUAUCAGAUUGGCUUGGUCGGCGUCCAAUGUUAAUCAUCUCAUCAAUGAUGUAUUUUGUUAGUGGUUUGAUUAUGCUAUGGUCUCCCAAUGUCUUUGUCUUAUGCAUAGCAAGGCUGUUAGAUGGAUUUGGUAUCGGUUUAGCAGUUACUCUAAAUCCGCUGUAUAUCUCUGAGACUGCCCCGUCGGAGAUAAGGGGAUUGCUAAACACUCUUCCACAAUUUUCUGGUUCAGCUGGCAUGUUCUUGUCAUAUUGUAUGGUUUUUGGUAUGUCAUUGACGUCAUCACCAAGUUGGAGGUUGAUGCUGGGGCUACUUUCCAUUCCCUCUGUAUUAUACUUUGCCUUAACAGUAUUUUACUUGCCUGAAUCUCCUCGUUGGCUCGUCAGCAAAGGCAAGAUGCGCGAGGCAAAGCAGGUUCUCCAGAGAUUACGUGGCAGAGAAGAUGUUCAAGGUGAGAUGGCUUUGUUGGUUGAAGGCCUGGCAAUAGGGGGUGAAACAUCCAUAGAAGAGUACAUUAUAGGUCCAGCUGAGAACGAACAUGCUGAUGGUCGUGACGCUGAGAAAGAUAAGAUCAAAUUGUAUGGCCCUGAAGCUGGGCUUUCUUGGGUUGCCAGACCAGUCACGGGACAGAGUUCUCUUGCUCUCGUUUCUCGCCAUGGCAGCGUGGUGAACCAAAGCACGUCAUUUGUGGACCCUCUUGUGACUCUAUUUGGUAGUGUUCAUGAGAAACUUCCUGAGACAGGGAGCACACGGAGUAUGCUUUUUCCAAAUUUUAGUAGCAUGUUCAGUACGGCAGAGCAUCAAGUAAAAGAUGAGCUGUGGGAUGAAGAGAGUCUUCAAAGACAAGGUGAAGGUGAAGGUGAAGGUGAAGGUGUGGACUAUACUUCAGAGGCUGCCAAGGGAGACUCUGAUGACGAUUUGCGUAGUCCAUUGAUUUCACGUCAGACAACUAGCAUAGAGAAGGAUAUGCCCGAUCCUACUUCCCAUGAAAGGAUUCUGAGUAUGAGACCCCAUAGCAGUCUUAUGCAAGGAGAGGGAGAAGCAGUUGAUAGUAUGGCUAUUGGUGGUGGUUGGCAGUUGGCAUGGAAAUUGCCUGAAAGAGAACGUGAGGGUGAGAGAAAUGAAGCAUUUAAAAGGAUAUAUUUGCACCAGGAGGGAACCCUUGGGUCCCAGCGUGGAUCUCUCGUUUCACUUCCUGGAGGUGAUGUUCCUGUUGAGGGUGAGUAUAUCCAGGCUGCUGCUCUGGUAAGCCAGCCUGCUCUUUACUGUAAGGAGCUUCUGGAUCAGCAUCCCGUUGGACCUGCAAUGGUUCAUCCGGCAGAAACUGCUUCAAAAUGGCCAACUUUCUCUGCUCUUUUUGAGCCAGGAGUUAAACAUGCAUUGAUUGUUGGGAUCUUUAUUCAGUUGCUUCAGGAGUUUUCAGGCAUUAAUGGGGUUCUUUACUACACUCCUCAAAUUCUUGAGGCAGCUGGUGUUGAAGUUCUCCUAGCAAACUUGGGCAUCAGUUCUGAGUCUGUUUCAUUCCUUCUUAGUGCAAUCACAACCUUCCUGAUACUUCCCUGCAUAGCUGUAGCCAUGUGGCUAAUGGAUAUCUCAGGAAGAAGGAAGCUGCUACUCACUACAAUCCCUGUGCUCGUAGUUUCACUCAUUAUCCUGAUCUUUAGCCAACUUGUCGACCUUGGAUCGGCAGUGAACGCAGCAAUCCCAACUGCCUGUGUCAUAAUAUAUUCUUGUUGCUUUCUCUCGGCCUUUGGACCAAUCCCCAAUAUACUAUGCUCAGAGAUAUUCCCCACGAGAGUCCGUGGGGUUUGCAUUGCCAUCUGCGCCUUGGCUUACUGGUUGGGUAACAUUAUAGUCACCUAUACAUUCCCAGUGCUCCUCAGUUCAAUAGGCCUAGCUGGCGUCUUCGGCAUUUAUGCAGUCGUGUGUGUGAUUUCUUGGGUUUUCGUAUACUUAAAAGUACCAGAAACGAAAGGGAUGCCUUUGGAAGUCAUCACAGAAUUCUUUGCUGUUGGUGCAAAAGCUGUUGAUACCAAGAAUGACUGAGGAAAUCAUGGGAAUAGUACAUCAAUUCUCUGGUCUGAAUUUUCUGUCUCUCCCCCUUCUCGUUGCCUUAGCCAUUGCAUUGAGAAUCAGGACCUAGCUUGUAGUUAAACCAGGAAGGAGAUCGUGCUAUGUUUCAUAGGUGACGGUGUGUUAUUUGUGAGAGAACAGUGUUUCAUAGGUGAUGGUGAGUUAUUUUUGUGUUUACAGAGAACAGUUAUUUGAGUUUUUAACUUGGAUAUGACAUGUCCCGCAUAUUUAUCUACUUAAAAAUUAUGUAUUGUCAGCGACUCAUUGUCUAUGGAACGGAACGGACAAGGUGGAACUCACUGCAGUGGGCAGCACUAGAACGGACAAUGACCCUUGUAGUGGAAGUCACUUUAGUAGACAUCACAUGCAUCUAUUCUGUUUAUUAAAUUCGAAAAACUAUGUGAACCUCACACUGAUAAAUAGGCUAGCAUUUGUUAUCUGU